AUGACUCACCUUUUCACUCGCUCAAAACUCGCUCGACUCGUUUCUUUAACUCAUAUUUCCAGAUGUUCACUCAGAACAACAACAACAACAACUUCUUGCUCUCUCCGCCUAUUCUCAACAAAAACUACUGCCAACUGCGGAGGAGAACAGACACCGGAAACGGAAAGGAGGAAAUGGAAGCACCGUCGAAUGGAGCUACCGGAGGAGCUGUCGAAAAAUGUCAUCGUACUUUCGUGUGAGUCUACGGCAAAGGGCGGUGUUUGUGAUGUCUACGUUGUUGGAAUCGUUCAUAUGUCAAAGAAAUCAACCCAACAAGUUGAAGCUAUUGUCAAAUAUUUGAAACCAGAGAUUGUCUUUUUGGAAUUGUGUAAGAGUCGUGAGCAAGUUCUUUACCGCGAAAAGAUUAAGGUACCAACUGAGCAAGAAAUGUUGGAAAGCUGGAAGAAGAAACACAACAUGUCUGGAAUACUUUAUAGCUGGUUCAUGGCAGAGCUUGCCAAUGAGCUUGACGUGUAUCCUGGUGCUGAGUUUCGUUCUGGAUACAGAGAAGCAAUCAAGUAUGGUGGCAAAGUGGUACUUGGUGAUCGCCCUAUACAGAUCACAUUAAAGAGAACAUGGAGUAAGCUGCCACUCUGGCACAUCUCAAGAUUGUUGAUUCCUUCUUUUUCAGUGAAAUGCUCACCUUCUUUAUCUAUCUUUGAUAAUGUUAAAAAUUGGAUAAAGGAGUUGGAGGAGGAUGACGGGUCAAUUCUUGAUAGCAAAAUAAUGAAUGAGAAAUUGCCAACUGUAAUGGAGACUAUUGUGCAUGAAAGAGAUAAGUACAUGUCCUACACAUUAUUAAAAGUGGCAAGUGAGAGAAGAUCAGUUGUUGCUGUUGUUGGAAAAGGGCAUCUACAAGGAAUAAAGAAGUACUGGAAGCAACCUGUCAAGAUUCAAGAUCUCCUCACAGUUCCACCUCCCAAACCGGCUAUCCCAACAAUGGAAAUCUUUGUAUCUGUCGGCAUACUUGUGGCUGGAGUGGCCAUAAUAUCAAACACCUAUCUUUAA